AAUCCAGCAAACACCAUGGCAGACAAAAGGAGCCCUGAGAACUCUGAUGGACUUAGCAAUCAGACUCAAAACACUUCUUCCGGAAAUGAGCUACAGUUGCCUUUGAGCUUCGUGGACCGCCUUCUGCAGGGGGAACAAUAUGAGCAACGCGUGACUUCCACCAGAACAGAUUUCCUGCUUGCUGUGCUCGACUGCUUUGUCGACUACAUCCUCGAAAUGGUGGGCUCUGAGGCCAGGAAUGGCACGAUGAACAGCAACUCGCAAGAGGGGGAGAGAGAAGUGGAUAACCGUGAGGCUCACUGCGCCCUGAAGGAUGAGAUGCCCGGGGCCAGGAAGAUCGGCUGA